UUAUCUUAUACAUAGUUGACAAUUGAUAUAUACCUAUACUUUUUUUGAUAGUGUGCCGUGUGGCGUGUGGUUGCACUGGUUGCUAGUAUACCUUUGCGAUGUGUUUAUUUCCUUGGCGUUGAAGUAACAACAGGAAUAUAGAUUUACGGAGAUUCUUGGUAGGUAUAGAUCCUUUUUCUGAAUUAAAGUGCCAAAAUUGAGACAUGGAAUGUGAUCAAAUAUCUAAGAACGUUCACAGUGCGCUGCCUAUCAACGUUGAAGACGCCAGAAUGGAUGUGGACACUGACCUUUCGGAGGUUGCAAAUGCCAUUGCCAAAGAGGAAAGUGUUCUAAUGGAUGUAUGUGGUACCGCUGUUGUCGAUGUUGUCAAGAAUAAACACAAUGAAUGUUUAAAUGGCAAAGAUGAGGUUGAUCAUUUUACGAAAAAAAGUUGUAGUAUUCAGUCAGAAACUGUAAAAACUAGUCCACAGGUGCAUAGUGUUGGAACAAAAACAAAAGACAUUAUCGACAAGACUAAUCUAAAUAAAACGGAAGUAGAUACAACAGGAGAUACCAAGGAAGAGCUUGAACUGGAUUUUAGCGAAGAGUUUCUCAUCCCAGAGUAUAUCAGUGACAAAGAGUUUGCCACGUCUGAAGAAAUGUUGAGCUGUUGCCCAUGGGAAUUAGGUCAACUUGCAUGGGCAAGAAUGAGCAUUUAUCCAUUUUGGCCAUGCAUUGUCACCUAUGAACCUUCACCUUUACAAACUUAUCGAAAAAUUCAGUCUAAAGGAAGAUCUAAGACACUCAUGAUACAUGUGCAUUUUUUUAAUGACCAUGGUCGUCACAGCUGGAUACCAUCUCAUCACAUGAUUCCUUUUAAUGGAAUCGAAGAUUUCAGAAAGCGUGCGAGAUCGGUAACGGAGAAUAUACGAAAAAAAGAACCAAAGUUUGCUGCUGCAAUGGUUAUUAAACCAACAAUUUUUCCAACGUGGCAGAAAGCAGUUGCAGAAGCCAUGGAUGUUUUGUAUGAUUUGGAUUUGUCGGCGUUGGAAAAUUUUAAAAAAAAGGGAAAAAAAACACCGAUUUCUUCAGAUGAGCCGGAACCGAAAAGGAAGAGGAAAUCAAAAGGCGAUGACGAUGGUAAACAAGUAAAGAAGGCCCGUAAAAGUAUAGCAAAAAGGGAAUCAAGUGCUAAUGACAGUGAAAUUGUGAAAAAUUUAAAUUUGGAUACCCCGCCAUCAUCACCAGUAAAUUCUAUGGAAUAUCGCAGAGAGAACAGUAAAAAACAAAAGCAAUUAAAAAAAAUGGUCAACAAAAUACCAACGCCAACAUUUAAAGUUUUUUGCGAAAGAGAAUAUGAUAAAUUGUCUAAAGAACACCCUGGUGCAACUGAGAAGCAUUUGAAAUCUUACAUGUUUGCAAUGUGGAACAAAUUGUUUAAAGAUGACGCGAAGUUAAAAUAUUCAGCUUAUUAACUUCGUAAGGAAAACAAACUAAACAAUUUGGGAGAUUCUUGACAAGUAUGAAACAAAUGAAAUUAAAAUUCGUAUCAGAUAUCACUCGGUAGACAAAUAAAGUUUAUUCAAAACAUGUAAAAUAAAUACCUUUUCCAUCGAUAUUUUGAUAUCAUCUUGUAAAAUUAGUGAGAAUUCAAGUAAUAAUAAUACUUCAAGAGAGAGAGACUUAA